AUGGAAGACUGGGAGUACGGAAUCCCGAACGUCAUACGCGCACGCAUGACUCUUGCUCAGUUCAUCAAAGAUGACUACUUCCCCUUGCUCAUCGAGAAGGGUGUACAUAUCAUCGCCAGUAUCCCUAUCUUCAAACCCGGUAGUUCUUCGACGUUCUACAAGCUCACAGACAUCACAUGCCGUACAUAUGCAGUAGAGUCGAAGCGUGCUGAUGAAGGCGACUCCGCGUCAUAUUCAGAGCAGCUCCUCUUCAUCCUCGGCAUGACUGGCUAUCGUUCCCUUCCGGACAUCACGAGGUUCAUACCCUCGACGCAAUGGCUUCUCCGCGGGAGGUUCUCACACGGUACGCUCGCCAUCUCAAAGAGUACCUUCCGUGAGAGACUACACGCUCUUCUUGGCAACAUCAACGCUCUCACGACCCUCGUGCACGACUCCUCCGCAUCAUACAUGACCAAGGACGUCGUCCAGCGGUGGGCGGACCACCCAGACUAUCGCAAGAAGCCAAGCGAGUGGAUGCCAGUCAAUGGGACGGAUAGCCGGGCUGCGACCAAGUUUGCAUGGCACUUCGAGAACGAGAUGCACCUCAAACAGUCGGGUACUCAGCUCAUCACACACCGCGAUUACGAGAUAGAAUGCUCCACCCGCAAUGAGCUCGAAUUACCUGAUGUGUCCAUGCUUUCAACCGGGUCUUUGGAGAUCAGGAUUGCUGGUGUCAUCCGGCUGCGUAUGUAUAGUUCGCGUGCUGACAGCUCCUGGGAGACUGAGUCGUCCGUUCCCUGGAACGUCAUCAUCCGCAUCAAGACCGCCGCUCAUGGCAAUGUCGAGGUCGACAUUGACGGCGUCGACAAUCUCCGGCCGACGCCCCCCAAAUCAACCAUCCGCUCCGGGGGGGCCAAUGUCCCGAACGUGCAGGCGACCCUCCGCCACCACCUCUCCAGGCGAAAGGACUUUGAGGAAGUUCUGAAAGAGCUCAAGGUGCUCCAGGGGGUUUGGAGGUACUACUAUCCCGCGACGACACCUUUCACGCUAUGCACGCCAAUGCUUAAUAACGACGGCGACUUCCUAUUCGAGCUGCGCCGCUCGCAGACCGACGUUUCUCAGCGUGUAGGUCGCAGGAGGGGCCGAGUCGCCAAGCUUACGCCUACGACACCCACCACUCCGACGAGUACGGGUUCCAGUGGUCCCGAUGGUUACAAGGUUACCCCGCCUCGUCAAGCCUCAAAUGAACCCUCGAAUGCAACGCCGACAGUUACGAACACGGCCCCUACUCUGCACCCGGAACCAACAGCGCCGGUGUUGCAGGAGAACGACGACUCCUUCGCCAAUGACAACGACAUAGACUUCGCCUGA